AUGAAAGCAAAAAGUAGACACAGAAGUGUUAUGAUUGCAAUCAAACGAGAGGUAUCGACAACAGACGUUGCUCUUGCACUAUCUCGCACAGACUGUCGAAACGAACCAUCAACAACGAAUGACCCUGAAAUCAAGCAAGAAACAGACGUAUCUCUAGCAUCUAGCUUGCAUGAUUCCAAACACAACUCACCCGGAACAACAAGCUGCGAAUCCGACAAUACUGCUACACCUAUGGAAACCGCAGACGUUGACAUGAAGCAGAAAGCAGAGGCCGAAAACCACGACAAUAUAUCGCAAGAAGCAACUGGACAGCCUAACGUUUAUCAGUGUGCAGUCUGCGAACGUAAGCUGGCCAACCUGAAGUCAGUGUUGGAUCAUCAGUUCAAAGAGCACAACAAGGCGCGACACAAGGAACUUCCCAUUCACAUUGAUCUAGAACCAGACAUUCAUGAUCCUCGCUACUACUGCAAACCUUGCGGCAUAAAGCAUGCUUCACGCACGGAAUACCGUGAGCAUCUCAGAAGAGACCACUACAUGCUUCUAGAUCGACUGCGUGCAAAGGUAGUCCGUGAUGGCGCUGCUCCUGACCCUAAUGAUUCGAGUUUCUAUUGUUCUGCCUGUCAGUUUGCGUACAAAAAAAAAGCCACGUUUGUAAAGCAUAUGAAGGUCUGCCACAACUUGAAGUCAACACCGUUACGAAAGAAAAAGAUGAACCCUAACAUUACACCUGACUGGAGUGAUCCAGACUGGUACUGUAGAUCCUGUAAUUGCACUUACAAAUCAAAAGAAGGUUACAGCCUUCAUUGCCAAACCGUUCACAAUAUGACACCACCACUCAAGGGACCAGUGAAAGUGGAAGAGGCUGAAAGCAAAAAUACGAACAAACACUGCAAGCUGUGUCAAAUUACCUACAAAACGGCAGCUGGAUACAAAACACAUUAUCGAGUGGCCCAUGAGAAGAAACCCGCAGCAUCUGCCAAUUCAGAUAAAGUGCCUGAUCCCUUUGAUCCCAACAGCUAUUGCAAUGUAUGUGAAAGAACGUUUUGCGUCAAAUCCAGUUUCAAAUACCAUGUAUUGAUGAAACACAAGGUGGAUUAUCGAACCUUCAAACCAGACAUCAAUGACCCCAACUUCUACUGCCGCAUUUGUGAUAAAACAAUGACAUCCAAGAGAAAAUUCAUGCUUCAUCUACUAUCAUCACACUCCAUAGAUACAUCUGCCCACAACAGCAUAGAUGCCGAACCAGAUGCUCAUGACAGCACCAAUCACUGCCGCACCUGUCAACACACGUUUACAUCAAAAACCAAAUAUCAAACUCAUCUCAAAUUGAAGCAUAGGAUUAUCCUGACACCUUCUGGCCAACAAUAUGUUACCUCUUUGCCAGACCCUCAUGACCCCAACUUUCACUGCAGUGUGUGCGUUAGAACCUUCAAAACUUUGCCCAAAUAUCGUCAUCAUUGCAAGUACUCUCAUCUCAUGGUAAUGGGAUCUACCAGCAUCCCGGAUCCUGGAGCUACUAUUGACGUCGAUAAUCCUGAUUUCUACUGUUCCCAAUGCAAGCAUAAGUAUGCUCAAAAGCGUUAUUUCAAGCGUCAUUUGCUAACUAUUCACAACUUCAAUUUGGAUUCUUGA